CAUCAUGGAGUGCGAAGUUUGCGGUGUUCAAACCCCUUCCGAACAUUCAUUUUCCCUAGCACCCAAUUGGGACCAUUUCGGAAACAUGUUCUUGGACAAUAUGCUCCAGAACAUCGCCAAAUGCAUUUUUUGCGCCUUGUUCAUUAGCGUCCUAAGGCAGUUUCACCCUGUUGUAUUCGAACGGAGUGGAAGCUGGGUAAGAAUUAUGUGGACAGGCGGGCAUGACCACAGUGUAUAUGGGGAGAAAGAAGGCAUUGUACGAGUCGAAGCAGGCUGGUAUAUGUUUGCCAGGCCACCCGAAAACCUGCCGGCAAUCGUCGAGAUUUACGGCUUCCAUGAGGAUUUUUUACGUUGGCCCAACGACACCGAGACCGUUACUUCAGUCAAAGAGUUACCGCCCAGUCCUGAUUCCAACAGCACUUGGGGUUUCGUUCAUUCUCAUGUUAACGAAUGCAUUUCGCAGCAUAAUGAUACCUGCUCACUUCAUGGGCUCCAAAGGCUACCAAAAAGAGUUGUGAGAAUAAUGAGUGUGGAACCGUGGACCAUCAGCCUCCACGAAAGUAUGCCUGGCGAGCUUGGUAGCUAUACAACUUUGAGCUACUGCUGGGGCGGCGCCGACUUUCUCAAGACGGAACCAGAAACAUUUGACGAUAUGAAAUCGGAGAUUCCUUGGGGAUCGCUGCCAGUCUUAUUCCGUGACGCCAUUCGAGUAACCCACGAACUUGGUUUCGAAUACAUCUGGAUAGAUGCACUCUGUAUUAUCCAGGGAAACCAUUCAGACUGGAGUAUCGAAGCUUCCAAGAUGGCCGAAUAUUAUGGCCACGCCGAUUUGACUAUUGUUGCCGACAGAAGUUUCAACCCUCACGAAUCAAUCCUCAACGUCUCCCGUGAAAAUUGGAUAGGAAGAGACUUCAACGUUCCUAAUAGAAGUGAGGUGGUAAAAGUGCGACAAAAUCGCGGCCACAAACCUUUUACCACUCGCGACUGCGUCGUUCACCGCGGAUGGGCAUGGCAAGAACGCGCGCUAUCAACACGACUUCUGCAUUAUGCAGAAAGAGACGUGACCUUCGAAUGCCAGGCUAUAGAGGAAAUCACUGAAGACGGUCUUUCUCCCGUAGAAAGAAAACAAGUCGGCAUAAACUAUCCCUUACAGAAUCAAAAUAUCAAUCCGGAUUUACUUUGGGGAAUGACUCUCAGCAGUUAUUCAAUUCGAAAUCUUACGAGAAACAAUGAUCGCUUACCCGCGAUCGCCGGCUUCGCUAAGCGCAUUGGUGCUAUCAAGAAGUGUGAAUACUUUGCAGGCUUGUGGGAAGAUGAGUUACUUGAAAAUCUCCUUUGGACGACUGGCUGGACACCCCAAAUAUUUUCAAUUGGUUCAUUAAGCCCACCUCGGGUGAUUCCGAAUCCAUCAUGGAGUUGGGCCAGUCUGAGUGGUCAGAUUGUUAAUGAAAAUUUCCACAAGGGUGCUGUAGGGUGGGACGGAUACCUCCACCAUAUGGCUACCAUCUUGGAAAAAGGAUGCAAGUAUCCCGAAAAUUCACCUGAUGUUUUUGGUGAGGUUAUAGAAGGAUUUAUAACCAUACGAGGUCCAGCAGAAGAACUAUCCCUAGUCGUUAGGGAUGGUUUUUAUCACCUCAACUUCGGCAGCUCUAGAAAUCCAGCUUUGGUGUUGAUAGACACUGUUGUAGAAGAAAGAGAGACAAACAGCACGGACGGUGAACGCAAAACCACAGCCAGAAGGAAGCAAUUUCUGGGUGAAAUACAGGAGGACCUGGAUCCAAUAAACGCUUCUGUCAUCGCGUUAUAUGUUCUGCAACGCGAUAAGUCAGUCAGCGGGCUUCUACUUGGCUUUGACGAUGCCUUUAAGAACACCUAUGAGCGCAUUGGAGUGUUUGAUUUCGAUGAGAAUGAGGCCAAAGAUUACAACGAUCAUUUCUACACUUUAGGACAAAGAACUGUCACGAUUGUCUGA